UAAUUAAUUGUAUUUAAAAUAAUAAAUACAUACAAUGCAUAUAUUAUUUUCAGGAAGAUAAUAAACAAUCGAAUUACAAGUUUUCAAACUACAUUUAUUCUUUUAAAAUACAUUCAUUUGCUUACAAUAGUUUAUAAUUUUUAGCUACUUUCUAAGGAAUCUUUUGUACAGAAUUUUUAUAUGAAUAAAAUUAUAAUUGAAUACGUUGUUGCGAUUCUACUCAACUUCAAGGUGGUUCCUCCCAGUCGUUGGUUUUUUUAUAUUUUUAGAAUGCGGUUAUCGAAUAGCUGAAUUUAAUUUAUUUGAAAGUACACGUUUUGUGUAAUAGAAUAAACUUAUUUAAGAUGACAGAAAAUUUUUGUCGUAUGAUAAUUCAAGAAAGAGUUGAACAUCGAAUUUUUUAUAAUUCUUAGUAUAAGCAUAAGUAAAUAUCACGUGCUUGAAAGAAUUGUAUACAACAAAGACGUUUCGUGUAUCUAAUUACGUUCCAAACAAUUGCGAUCGAUAUGUCGGCAAAGAUGAUAUUUAUAUCGUUUUUAUUAUUGCUUGUUUGUCAAGAGGGACAAAAUGUUGAUAUAGAUCUGUCAAAAACAAUAAUUUGGGGUCCAGGAUUGAAGCCAGAUAAAAUAACAAUGAGAGCCAGAUAUAUUUUCUUACAACUUAUCGAUUUACAAGGGAAAAAUUGCUUCAAAUAUUUUUAAGUUUAACAGAAUCACCUGGGAAAGAUAUAAUUACUGCUCAUGUACAAGGCCAAACUUCAACAGGACAAAUGUGCCAUGUAUGGACGCAAAUUUUGGAUUGCAAGGAUGGGAGUUUUAUUGUUAGAUACAAAUUACAUAAUACUUGUUUCAAUUUAAAGUUGGAAAUUAAGAUAAAGCAACAUAAUUCUCCUGUUUUAUUGCUAGAAUCAAAAGGCCCUGUUUAUGAAGAAGAAUGUUAUUGUCCAAAUCCAUCUAUCGAUAAUUGGCUGGAAAAUCUAGAAUGCCCCAAAAAUUAUACACAAAUGCAUAAUGAUCUUGGUACUUUUAUAAAUGUAGAUUUUAAUCAAAUACGUGAAGACAUCAUAAAAGCAUAUGAUCGACCAGGGAGUGUCAGUUUGUGUCAUUAUGUAGUCAAAUUUAAUAAAAUUUUUAGAGAAUGUUAUGGCCGUUAUGUGGGCUUCAAAAUAUUUAUGGACUCCAUUUUGUUGUCUGUUACUCGAAAAGUCCUUUUGCCAGACAUCGAAUUCUUUGUGAACUUGGGUGACUGGCCACUUGUUCCAAAAGGUGGCAAGAACUAUCCUAUUUUUUCUUGGUGCGGCUCUUUUGACACAAAGGAUAUUGUUAUGCCUACUUAUGACAUUACUGAAUCAUCUUUAGAAGCAAUGGGAAGGGUAAUGUUAGAUAUGCUAUCUGUACAAGGUAAUACAGACACACCAUGGGAGAAAAAGACAGAAAAAUUAUUUUGGCGUGGCCGUGAUUCCCGUAGAGAAAGACUCGAUCUAAUCGAUAUUUCACGAGAUCACCCUGAUCUAUUUAAUGUCUCCAUUACUAAUUUUUUCUUCUUCAAAGAUGAAAUGGAUAAGUAUGGACCUGGACAAAGCCAUAUAUCUUUAUUUCAUUUCUUUAAGUACAAGUAUCAAUUAAAUAUCGAUGGUUCAGUAGCCGCAUAUCGAUUUCCAUAUUUGCUUGCUGGAGAUUCUUUAGUACUGAAACAGAAUUCGAAAUACUACGAAUUCUUUUACAACGAUCUUAAACCUGGAGAACACUACAUUCCUGUAAAUAGCGAUCUAUCAGACCUCGUCGAAAAAAUCAUAUGGGCCAAAGAACACGACGAGGAAGCACUAAAAAUUGCCAAGUCUGCUAGACAAUUUACAAGGGACAACUUAUUACCGCGCGAUGUGUUAUGUUAUCAUGUAGUUUUGUUUAAUGAAUGGAGUAAACGCUUAAAGAGUAAAGUUAAGGUACUGGAUAACAUGGAAGAAGUGCAGCAACCUAAACAUUCUUGUAAAUGUUACAAUGAUAAUGCAAAGUUCAAAGAAGAGCUCUAGUUUUUUCAGUUUUCAAAAGAACCUAAUAAUAUAAUGUAUUUUUUAUAAUAAACCUUAUCCAUAAAAAUAAUCUGUGUCAAUUUCUACUUUGUAUACUUAACAUUGUUCAUUGAAUAGUAAAUAAUACAAAUCUUUAAGUAAUAAUUUUAUAUGGAAGGAGUAGCAGAAAGACUA